UCAAAUCUUUUCCAAUGCAAAGCCAAUGAAAAAUCUCUCAUAUUUCUGAAUUGUUUAAUUAACCAAUUUUUGUUUGCUUUGUUGAUCUCAAACGUUAUCAACUUUGCAUGAAGAAUUGUUGAUUUUACAAUUUUGGUAUCCAACAAAAGAAUCUAAAUCUCAAGAUUUUUAUAUCCUAACAUUUGCAAUAUUAAUUCAGAUUCUCAAAGAAAGAAAGAAAAAAUGGGUGUGGAUUACUAUAACAUUUUGAAGGUGGAUAAAAAUGCUACAGAAGAUGAUUUGAAGAAAGCAUAUAGAAAAUUGGCUAUGAAAUGGCACCCUGACAAGAACCCUAACAAUAAAAAAGAAGCUGAAGCCCGUUUCAAACAGAUCUCUGAGGCUUAUGCGGUAUUGAGUGAUCCGCAAAGAAGGAAUGUUUAUGAUCAGCUUGGAGAACAAGGGUUAAAAGAAAGGCCAUCACCAGAAACUGAGUCACCAAGUGGAUUUUAUCCAAGAAGUGCAGAGGAUAUCUUUGCAGAAUUCUUUGGAAGUAGUCCUUUGAAUUUUGGAUCAUCUGGACCAGGGAGGUCCAAGAGAUUUCCAUCUGAUGGUGGAGCAGGAAAUGGUGGAUUCAGUGGCGAUUUAAAUUCUAGAACACAUAGCGAAAGAGCGAAUAUGCCAAAGAAACCACCACCUGUUGAGACUAAAUUGCCUUGUAGUUUGGAGGAGCUGUAUUCUGGUUCUACAAGGAAAAUGAAGAUCUCAAGAACUGUAGUGGAUGCCUAUGGAAGGGAAAUUAAAGAAACAGAGAUAUUAAGCAUUGAAGUAAAGCCAGGAUGGAAGAAAGGAACAAAGAUAACAUUCCCAGAUAAAGGGAAUCAACUAAUAAACCAACUUCCAGCAGAUCUUGUAUUUGUGAUUGAUGAGAAGCCUCAUGAAUUGUUCAAGAGAGAUGGGAAUGACCUUAUUGUGAAUCAAAAGAUAUCACUAGCAGAAGCUAUUGGUGGAACUUCAGUAAAUAUCAAAACACUUUACAAACGUAGUUUAAGUGUCCCAGUGAAAAACAUUGUGAGUCCUGGUUAUGAGCUUGUUGUUGCAAAUGAAGGAAUGCCAAUAACAAAGGAACCCGGUCAUAGGGGUGAUUUGAGGAUCAUAUUUGAGGUUAAGUUCCCAACAAAAUUGACACCAGAACAACGUGCUGCACUAAAGCGAGCAUUGGGUGGUUAAUCUAGGAUCAUACUCUUUUUUUUAUUUGUCAUGUGACUUUUCGUACAUAGUUUUUGGUGUAACACCACAUGGCCCUUCUUAAUGUUGUAUUCUCUUGUAUAACAGUAAUAUACUAAUAUUACAUAUGUUAUUAUA